AUGGGAAAGGGCAAGGGCAAGAGAACUCAGGAAAUCUGUGUGCGUUGUCCUCGAUGCAACAAGCCAUUCGCUAAGCAUGCAGAUGUCCAAAAUCACAUCAAUCAACCAAAAUCGGCAUGUCGUUUUCAAUAUGAGAACGUUAUGCAUUUUCAGUCCAAUCGUUCAAGCUCUACAUCUAGAUCAGCAACCCCCGUAUCUCGAGACCCUUCUCCCGAAAUUGGUAAUUUUAUGGAAGUGGACUAUAUCGACAAUUUUCUUGGCGCGUCAUCAGAGAUGGAAGAUGACCCACCCCCCAAGGCAUCAAAAUACAACUAUCCGUACGUGAAGGAGGAUUAUAACGGGGCUGGAAGAGCAUUUGGAACAGGCCUUACAUUCAUGGAUCAGCUCAAACAGGAUCAAUUCGAACCCCAGCGGGCGGAAAAUUUGUACUAUCCUUUUGCCUCGAAAGAUGAAUGGGAGCUCUCCCUGUUCCUACUUCGCUCUGACAUGAGCAUAAAAAAACUCAACUUGUCCUACAAGUCGGCAAAAGAUCUAUGCAACCGGGCAGAGAUCCUUCCCUCUGGUCCGCAGUGGAAGAGUCAAACGAUCAUACCAGAAAUACCAAGCAAAAAUCAGCUAACGCUUUUUUACCGCGAUGGAUUGGAAUGUAUCAAGGCGCUUCUCAUCAGUCCCUUGCUCCAAGAUAGCAUGCACUUUAGCCCAUUCAAGCUCUUCGACAAGUGCAACGAGAUGAUGCGGGUAUACACUGAGUGGUUUAGCGGUGACAUUGCGCAUUUUAUGCAGUAUAACAAGGUUCCCAAGGACCAGCUCCCAAAAGGAGCAACACUUGUACCUCCUAUUAUUUCCACGGAUAAAACCAACAUUUCCAACAUGACCGGAGGCCGUGUCGCCUACCCUGGCCUUAUCAGCAUUGCCAACAUAAUGAUGAACUUUCUUCAUCGCUCCAAAGCUGUGAAUGGGAUGAUGGCAGCACGGCUAUAUCACCAGUGCAUGGACAUUGCUCUAGAAUCGGUCAAACAAACUGCGAGGGUGGGAACCACCAUGGCAGAUGCAUUGGGGAAUAAUCGUUUCUGCUUUACACCGCUUGCUGCCCUUAUCGUUGAUACUCCAGAAUCUGCUCUGGCGGCUUGCGUCGCAGGAUCCACAUCCUCUGUGACGUUGGCACAAUACGAGACGUUUGGGGAUUCCUUUCGCCACCCUUCCCGAACUGCAGAUCAUACAAUCAACACCAUCAUGGCCAUCAACAAUGUUAAGCCCCCUAAUCAUCUCGAACCAUAUCUAAAAGAAAGCAAAAAGCACCGUCUCAAUGGGGUUCACCUACCGUUUUGGAGAGAUUGGCCCUUGUCUGAUCCUUCUGCAUUCCUUACGCCUGAACCCCUUCAUCACUGGCACAAGAUGUUCUGGGAUCAUGAUGCAAAAUGGUGCAUUGCUGCAGUCGGAGGUUCCGAAUUGGAUUUUCGAUUUUCAAUUUUACAGCACCGCACUGGUUUCCGACACUUCAAGGAAGGGAUUUCUUCCUUGAAACAAGUGACCGGUAGGGAACAUCGGGACGUUCAGCGAUACAUUGUUGCUCUCAUUGCAGACACAGUCAGUACACCCUUUAUCUUAGCCAUCCGGUCUCUGAUGGACUUUCGGUAUCUCGCACAAUCUCAAACAAUCUCCGAGGCAAUGUGUCUCAGAAUUGAGCAGGCACUGCAAGAUUUCCAUGCCAAUAAACAAGCCAUCCUUGACGCGGGAGCACGUCGAGGUAAAAAAAACAACCCAAUCGAUAAUUUCUAUAUUCCAAAACUCGAGUUUUUGCAAAGUGUAGUACACGCAAUUAGACUAAAUGGAUGUGCAAUCCAAUGGUCUGCAGACACGACAGAGCAUGCACAUAUCGAGGUGGUCAAAGCCCCUUCCAGUUCCAGCAAUAAUCAAAGAUACGAGCCUCAAGUUUGUCGAUACCUUGAUCGUCGUGACAAAUUGCGCAAUUUCGAUUUGUUUACAGCUAUACGAGAAAUGAGGAUCGAUUUUCGGGCUAUACACUCUGCAACAAUUACGGAUGAGGAGGAGCAGGAGGAGGGGGAUGAGGGGGAGGAAAACGGCGAGGUUGUGAUGGACACAACGUCAGAACUUCUUUCAACAAUCAUGCCGAUGACAACCUUUCAAUCAGCAAAGUCCAAUCGCAUUGUGGAUUACUUCUACAAAGCUAGUCUCUAUGAGCGUGGCGUAUUGGAAGGCCCAGUCCCCUACAGAACAUUUUCUUGCAGCAAAAACGUUGUUGCCCAUUUAUCUAGGGAUGCUAGUUCCAAAAGAUUGCAUAUCGACGAGGUUGCGAGCAUUUUUAAAAUUCCCGACCUACGACCAGCAAUUGCCGAUUAUGUGUCACUCAUCAAUAAGGAAUCAAAUCCGAGACAGACCAAUUCUCGAGGUUAUCACAUCAAGGGGAUAACUGGCAGGCGUGUUUCUCCUCCCGGUUGUCUGUUGCCGUAUUCAAAACUUGAGGUAUGGCAUAAGGUCCGUAUACAGUCGACUGCGUACCAAUACCCUCAUGAGAUCCUGGAGGCAGUCACACUUAAUGCAUAUCCGCCAUCUAACAAACAUCCUUUUGGAUACUUUGAUUCAGCAAUCAUAAACGUGGAUGAAUCUGAGGAGUGGCCUCGCAGCGGGCUUCAAGGUAGUACUUCUUUGUGA